CUGUGUUGGGAAAGACUGAAGGCAGGAGGAGAAGGGCACGAUAGAGGAUGAGCUGGUUGGAUGGCAUCACCAACUCGAUGGACAUGAGUGUGAGCAAGCUCCAGGCACUUUGACCCAGUGCCCCAGGGCAGUGUUUGGGCAAGAAGAGCCUCUCCUCCAUCCUCUCUGCUUCCUUCCUUAUGCAGCCACAGACUUGGAGGACGCUCUCCACAGUGGGGACACCACGACGUCUGAUACUGUGCCAAGGCUGGGAGUGGGGAAGGCAGAGGGGAGACAGGCCGUGCCAUCCUCUUUGUCAACCCUUAGCCCUCACUUUUCCUGCCAGACACUAAGCUAGAAAACGUCACUCAAACGUAUAAGGAAAUUCACACAAGCCACAAGAAGAAAUCAUAACACAUUGCGGGGUGGAGAGGCGGGAGGGAGGAGGGAGGGGAUGAGCAUGGCUGCCAGGUUACCAGUCACCCUCUCGUGUUCCUACAAAGGCUUCAUUUGUUUGGCCAGUUUUGCCUCCCAGAUUCCCAUAAAACACAUGGUCCGACCUGUUACCUAACAAGGCCAGCGCCACUCGGCCCUUCCCGCCCUCUAAUGAGAACGCUGGUCUGGGAGUAAAGUGCAGACCCCGCCCCCCACCCCAGCGACGUCCCACACACGGCCUGAGCCGCCGGGAGAAGUGGGGACCCUCUCACUGGGAGCUGCUGAAGAGUCGCCACGCGGCAGCAUCGACAGGUGAAAUGAAGGUUCUAAUCUCCUCCCUCCUCCUGUUGCUGCCACUAAUGCUGAUGUCCGCAGUCUCCAGCAGCUCACACACAGGGGUCGCCAGAGGCCAGAGGGACCAACGCCAGGCUUCUGGGAGGUGGCUCCGAGAAGGAGGCCAAGAAUGUGAGUGCCAAGAUUGGUUCCUGAGAGGCCCUAGAAGAACACUCAUGACAGCGCCCAGGCUGACAAAGAAGCCAUGUCCCUGUGAUCAUUUCAAGGGCAGGAUGAAGAAAACCAGACACCAAAGACACCACAGGAAGUCAAACACGCCCUCCAAAGCCUGCCAGCAAUUUCUCACACGAUGUCUGCUAGAAAGCAUUGCUCUGCCCUUAUAGGCGCUCUGAGACCCCACCCUCCCGAUGCAACAUUCUCAGUCAACAAAGCUGUGAGUGCACCUAGAAGACACUCUUCUCCCACCUCACGUCCCCCCAUUCCUGUCCCCACUCCCUAAAUCAUCCCAAAAGCAUUUUCCCUGAGAUUAUUGCCCCCUCUAGUGCCUUCUUCAUUUUCAGUCUUUUCCUGGGGCUGCCCCUGACACAGCCUUAAGCUUACUUACCUGAAAGAAACCAAGAAUCUCUGAGUACCUAGAGCUGGUCCUCCCUGACUAUAAACACAAACAGGAAAACAGCAAACAAAAUCAAUAAAUAUACUUAAAUGUAA